CCAUAAUCCACAUGCUAACUUGAUGAUUUAAAUCAAAUCAUGACGAACUGCGAUCGACAGAUACCCGCCCAGGACAUCAUCGACUACCCGACAUUCUCACAAUGAGCCUUGAUCCGAGCUCGUUUCCGAGGUCGCACUCCCCCGCAAGCUCCGAAAGCUCUCUUACGCGGUCCCGACUACGGGGCAAGGAAGAGCCCUUGAGAAAAGACAAGAAUUACCGCCGUUAUGCGUCGACCGUCGAGCGAGCCCUGUCGUUGUUCGAUACCGCUCUGCAGGAGUGGGCGGAUUACAUCUCCUUCCUGAGCCGACUUUUAAAAGCGCUGCAAUCCCACCCGACGGAUAUUCCCAUAGUUCCACACAAAGCACUCGUUUCCAAGCGGCUUGCGCAAUGCCUCAAUCCUUCCUUGCCGUCGGGCGUGCACCAGAAAGCGUUGGAAGUAUACUCGUACAUAUUUGCUUUGAUCAAGCCGGAGGGUUUGUCGAAUGACUUGCCAUUGUACAUGCCAGGCAUCGCGCCAACGCUCACAUUCGCAUCCCUCACUGUCCGGCCGCUCUUCCUAACGCUGGUGGAAACGCAUAUAUGCAGUCUAGAGCCAUGGGCUAUCCGUCCGGCAUUGAAGGCCAUCAUACUGGCUCUGCUUCCCGGACUAGAAGAAGAGACAAGCGAUGACUUUGAACCCACACUGCGACUGAUCAACAAGUUCCGCGACAUUGCUAGCGCCAUGGAGACACAAAAAGCUGCGGGAUCUGCUACCUCAGGAGGCCAUUAUUUCUGGCAAUGUCUUUUCCUAGCCUCAAUCACAAGUCCUAGUCGACGUGCUGGUGUCCUCGCCUAUUUGAGUCGCUAUCUCCCAAAACUGGGCAACACAGAUCGCCGGCCGUCCAAGGAUUUGUCGAAUGACCCCAUGGACAGUCAAGAAGCUAUUUUAGCUGCGGCAGAGUCAGUUAUAGUUCCCGAGCCUGGGCUGCUCAUACGCUGUUUCGCGACCGGUCUCGCCGACGAGCAGGUACUCGUUCAGCGGAACUUUCUUGAUUUACUAGUCACCCACUUGCCGCUCAGUUCGCCAAUCCUGCAAGCAAAAAUCACCAGUGACGACCUUCAAAGACUCAUCGCAGCAGCUGUAGGAGUGGUUGCCAGGCGAGACAUGAGUCUGAAUCGGAGAUUAUGGGCCUGGCUUCUCGGGCCUGAGUCCUCGAACGAGCAUCCAUCAUUCGAAGCUCGCAAUUCUGUCUCGGAGGGCACAGAUCAAUCUUCAAGCGAUCGGAAAGAGCUCUCACCCUCGGAGUACUUCAGCAGAUUCGGGCUGACCCCACUGGUCAGAGGCCUCCUGCGAAUGAUUGAGCAUGAGACUACCGUGCCGUCGGAGAAGACGAAGCCAUUUCGGAUCUCGCUAUCAUUGCUGGACAGAUGGGAGGUCGGUGGUUACAUCAUUCCGGAAAUAUUCCUGCCAAUCAUCCGAAGUGUGCAAGCAUUUGGACAGGGAGCUUCGAAAAGUCAAUUCGAGGAAGUCUAUCGAAGUGCCAGCUCAUUCUUCGACGGCGUCGAAAGCGGCGUCAUUUUUUCGGAACUCCUCCGUCUCAUCGACUGGAAGUCUCAAGACUUCUCUUCCAAAAUGGACGACAUACUGAAUAAUUUGGAGCUUGCUCACUUUAUACUCGAGAAUUUCAACGUUCGAGAAGAGGACAUGAUUGCAAUUCACAUCCCUCUGUUGACCUUGUCCACUAUUGUCAAAAUGAGGGAGCUAUCCUCGUUAAGCCACUCGGCAGCGAGUCUGGACCAGCUGCAACUUAUUUCAGCAGCAUUGUUGAAAGUCAUGGACUCUCUGACAGAUUUACUGAUCGAGAGGUCCUUCACAAGAAAACCCGACGCACCCAAAGCAGGAGACAAGUCAAGUGUCGAUAUGGCUGAGUCUGACAUUCUGAGCACAAUCCAUACCUUCUACGAUCAAAGCAAAAACAGCCUCGAUCCACAACCUGUACCAUUCGCUCCAAAACAGCUGGGCGAGCUGAUCAUUCGAAAUGCACAUGAACAAGCCAUCGCCGCUCUCGAAGAGCAGACGAACACCACGCGAUUGCACGAUCAGAUCAAUCUCCUCAUUGUGUUACUGAAGAAGCUCCCGCGAACGCGGAUUUUGCGCGACAGACGCCUAUAUCUUUCGCUAUGUAAACGUGUUGACGCCGACCAAGUUCAGAAAUCCACCGCCUGCUUUGCUACUAUCUCGUCAAUCGCCUCUGCAGUCACCAAUCUGUAUCUCAUCAAUACCACAGGUUACUACAUCAGCUAUGAAGAUGUAUCAGAUGUUAUUCCCGCGCUUGUUGAACGAUUGUGGCAAUUUCUCUCCCCAAUGAGUCCAAAAUUUCAUGUUGAAGCGGUCCGUUGUUUGUGGCAAUUGCACUCCGUCUCUUGGUCGGACCAUCUUGUUGAAGCAGCUUUAACAUCCUUCAUGGUUGGAUCGGUGUCCUCAGCGCCUUUUAAGGGACUGACAGGCGAGCAACUCGGAAGAUAUUUUGUCCUAUGGAACCACAGUCAUCAAGGCAAUUAUGAGCUUCCACCUAAGCGCCUUUCGAGCUCUCUUGAGUCGGGGAAAGGGUAUCAAGCUUCAAUGCUUGAGCGCCCACUUUUCAUCGUUCUGGAUCUCCUCUCCCAACCUUCAAACGAGAAUUCGCGGGUCGUCCAACGUUGGCUUCAGGAUCUGCCAUCGAUGCACAAGGUUUUCCGUAUAGUAGUUUCAAGGCUCGAUCGUCUCUUUCACGCGAAUCUUGAGGAACAGGGCGAAGAAAAUCAAGCCGUGUCACCCGAUGACUAUAGAGAAUGCGACUAUCUGCUUCGGACAAUCUCUAACAUAAUCUCUACACUUUCCCACAACGGUUGGGUUACGCUUCUCACCCAGACGCUGUCGCAAACCGACAAGCGCAUAGAUGUGCAUGCCUCAGAAGACAGUGCUGGACUCCAGAGCCUUCAUACCAUCAUCUUUCAAGCCAGUCUGAAAGUGAUCAGCGAGCAGACAGCGACAAGUGCUCACGACUCGGACACAAUCAGACUCCAACAAACUUCAUUGCUCGUCAUGCGGCAGCUCCUCUUGGGUCCUGCAGCUGAAGAGGUGAUUGAGUCUGGAAUAGACACAUUCCUGGUUGACAAACUCUCUUCUUUCCUCGAUCAUGGCGCGAAUGAUAUCAUCCAAGGAGACUUGAUAGAUACUCUUCUCGCAGCGCUGAAAGUCCGCUUUGCGCAAGCAUAUCUGCCACCUCCUCCUCCCAGACCGAAACACAACCGGACAAGCUCUCGUGAGCGCUUGACAAGUCCCUCGAUUUUGUCUUUCACAAGUGACAAGCCAGAGAGAAUACCUGCGUUGCCUGCCCUACCGCAACCGCCUCAACAACUUCUCGAAUGCCUUCUCAAAGGCAUUGGCUCCAAAAAUUCUAGGGCAAUUGUGGAUAAGUGGACUGUCCUUCUUUGUGAAGUCCUCCCAUUGUACGCGGGGUCAAUAUUUCAAAUAUUGUUGAUGCUUGUCGAGUCGCUCUGUAAAGAGAUUCAACUUUGCUAUGCGAGCCUGCAACUCGCAUUUAAGCGUACGGAAGGUUGGCCUGAUGACCGAUCGGAGUAUGCCACAAUUGCUCUCCUGAGCGCUCUCGAAACCUGCAUUGCUACUGCCCAUGAGCGAUUGCUGAUUGAGGAGGCAAACACUCCCGCUGUCAAGAGCCCUGACCACAACCAUGGAUUCUUUGGCAAUAUGGUCUCCGGGGUGUUCUCUUCUGAAUCGAACCACACGCGGACGGCGGCAGCGAAUAACCGAUUGACUGUUUUGCUCUGCUUCCAGGAUGCCGUGAGGCUUUGCUUCACUAUCUGGUCUUGGGGUGCCGUGGAGCGGAGUACAUUACCUCAAGACGCAGAAUCAAUAGCCUCGUUCCAAUACACGUCUCUGCGCAUGAGGAAUAGAUCGCGUCGAAUUCUUGAACAUCUCUUCGAUGCAGAGGCACUUGAAUGUCUUGAAACCGCUGUGGAAAUGUGGACGAAAUCUGACAGCGAGACCUCGUCAUUGAUUAUGAGCCUACUCCACACUUUGGACGGCUCAAGACCGAAGAUCGCUAUCCCAGCUGUGUUCAAUUCCAUUUAUACAAGGACCAAUCCAGCAGCGUUAGAGCCGAGCCGCAAGUCGACAUUGACGGCAAGCCUCACUGAAUCCGAAUUAGCCGGAUUUCUGGUGGCAUAUGCCAGGUCGCUCGACGACGAUGUGCUCAAUGAAAUUUGGGCCGAUUGCACCACAUUCCUUCGCGAUGUGCUGAGCAACCCAUUCCCACAUCGACAGAUUCUCCCACGGUUGGUUGAGUUCGCAGCGAUCCUUGGGGCGAAAUUGGAGAAUACCAGCUUCGGUGAGGAUCGACGAAUGAGAAAAGAACUCGGGGACGUACUUCUUCGUCUUUUGACUGCAAUCUGGACGAGCAAGCCCAUGGGUCUUGCACAAGAGUCUUCCCUAAGCCGCGGGUCUGUUGACUACGACAGUUCGCCCUCACCGAACAUCGGACCUGACGACAUGCUCAGCAUUCUUGCGACAUCUAUGCCUGCAUUCACAGUCACGCUCGCUGAUUCUGACCGGAUUACUUCUGCAGUAACCGGCAUUUCCACGAAUGUGAUCGGACCCCUCUUUCGCUCGCGACUUUUCCCGAACAACCUCAACCAUAAUUUUAUGACUCUGUUCCAGCACAUAGCUAAAGUGCCGUCGGCUGCUAAAGUUUGGAGAAAAGACAUAGCAGAUGCAUUCAAUGACCCUAGAUUCUUUGGAAUGCAAAUGGAUUUGGUUCGGGACGGAUGGCUGAGCCUCUUGCGACAGUGGGUUCUCGCAGACAAGGAUCGCUUGUCUGAGGUGCUGUCUCGCCUCCCGCCGCCGAGUACAGCAGGUAUUAUGUUUGGUGUCGGGGCGUCUGCUGCUCGACUGGAAGCUGACCGCAAAGCGCAAUUGAACCUGCGCCGCAUCAGUCUGCUCAUCUUGUCUGCCAACAGUGACUACUAUAUUGGAGAAUUACCCGCCCUUUUGCAGAAACUGGAAGACCUACUUGGGGCGACGAGUACUUCGUCCCCAUCCUCAACAACUCGCGCUGAAAUAUUCAUGGCUCUGCGUGCUCUCGCACUUAAAAGCUCUGCGACAGCACUUUCCACCUUCUGGCCACUCAUCAAUGCGGAACUGCAGGAAGCUAUAUCUGCCGUGCCGCUGGGACCGCAACAAGAGGUGUACAAUCCAUAUGCGUUGCUGCAGGCAUGCAAGUUGUUAGACACGCUACUCGUACUCGCACCGGAUGACUUCCAACUUCUAGAGUGGCUUUAUGUCACCGAUACCAUCGACGCUAUCUAUCCACCGGAGCGCUUUGAGCCAAUGGCGCUUGCGGACGAAGUCUCUCAGAGCUUGGGCAUGCGCGGAGUUACAUCGACUGAUGGGGCUGGAGAAGCGGCUAACCUCAGUCAAGGGGUGAAACAACCGAGUCUCACUGCGGACUGGCUUCGGGAGACAGCUAAGGAUGAGAUUGUCGAUCGGGUACUUCGGCCAUUCUUCGACCAGCUUAGCAUUCACGCAUUUGAAAGCACUUACAGCAUGGGUCAGCCACGGUUGGAUGCCUGCUUGAAUGACUUGUUGGCGGACAUCUUCGACGAAAGCACCAUGGCCAAUUAGGGUUCCGCGGCUGCUUGGGGUUAUUGUUGAUGCAUAGCAGUCUGCUUUGUCUAUUAUGGCCAGCAAUCUAAUUUAGUUGCGAGAGGCACGCAACAGCGCGCAUUCAUCUAUAUUGGGAUAGAAGUGGCAUUUUCAGCGAUCGAGGUGUUGGGUGUCAAGGCGUCAGUCCACAUGUAUCCGUUUAGACGCGGUAGCAAUCAGUCUGUUAAAAAUAGCUGGAAUUCUAUGAUGGAAUAUUCUGGAGAAGCGGAAAAGAAAAUAAGCCCAAGACGACCGCAAAGCUGG